GGUUUGGGGGCAAAUAAGGAGCCGAGGACUAUACUGGGGGGCACCGGACUGUACUGGGGGGGCAACAGCGCUCGGGAUCUGAACUCAGUGGGGGAGAAAGAGCCCAAGUGCCCCCCACUCUGCGCCUAUGUCCUACCGACCCCCAUCAUGUCCCACCGGAGAACUUCCCUGCCCUGUAUCCCCCGAGAUCAGCUAAUGGGCCAUUCAGAAUGGGAACACAAGCACGGAUCCAGAGGCUCCCAGUCUUCGGGGACCAGUAUCACUGUAGACAUCGCUGUUAUGGGGGAAGCUCACGGGCUCAUCACAGAUCUUCUAGCCGACCCCUCGUUACCCCCCCACGUGUGCACUUCUCUACGGGCCGUCAGUAACCUGCUCAGCACCCAACUCACCUUCCAGCCCAUCCACAAGCCCAGGCUCAGCCCAGUCGUCUCCUUCAAUGACAACUACACGUGUUCUGACUCCGAGGAAGGGUCUGAGAAAGGAGAGAAGAUGACUAUACCCAAGCGCUUACGGAGAAGUCUUCCGACCGGCUUAUUGCGGAGAGUCUCGUCCACAUGGACAACGACGACGUCUGCCACCGGAAUGCCCACCCUGGAACCUGCCCCGGUGAGGAGGGACCGCAGUGGCAGCAUCAAACCCCUAGACCCGUCAUUAUCAAGCAGUAACCCCGACUCCUGGCACAACUCCCUGUUGCUGAAAAGUCGCCCCUUCUCUCCGUCUCUUGUCAUUUCUAACACAAACCAUGUGAAUCCAAAAAGGAGGCAGGGUAUCCCUCCCAACAUUUCCCCCCUCACGUCUCCGUGCCAGUCUCCAAUCCAGGGCACGCCGGCCGCCAGCCCUACGGUUAAAACGGUGCCGGUGCAGUUCUCUGAUUGUUCUGAGCUGAACCGACUGGGACCCAAUCCCCAUAAGGUACUGACUUCAUCCAAGAGUGCGCCGGAGAUUCCCGAACCAUUCCAGGGUCCCACCCUUGUGUGCACUAGCUGUGGGCGGUCCUACAGUCUUGUGAAUCCCAGUGAUGGCGCAUUGGAUCCCAGCGAGGUGCCGCAUUCCCAGCACAGAACAGAUGAUCCAACUCACACAACUUCUGACUACGACAGCACCCACGAAACCAACAACAGCGACAGCAGCGACAUCCUUCAGAACGACGACGAGGGAGAUUGCGCCAAGGAUCUAACGGCGUCCAGAAAAAGCUCAGAUUCAACGUCGUUCCAACCCGAAGCCAUCGCCCUCCACCCAUUGAUACACUCGGAGGAAAAAGCCAUUGUGGCUCCGGAACCUCUACUCAUGGAAGAUCUAGAUCCACUCAUGGGAGAGAUCAACAACUGGAACUUUCCCAUCUUUGACUUAGUGGAGAAGACGGGGCAGAAAUGUGGCCGAAUUCUCAGUCAGGUGUCGUACCGACUCUUCGAGGAUAUGGGUCUGUUGGAAACAUUUAAGAUCCCGUUGAGAGAAUUCAUGAACUAUUUCCAUGCGCUGGAGAGCGGAUACCGGGAUAUUCCAUAUCACAAUCGGAUUCACGCUACAGACGUGUUACACGCGGUGUGGUACCUCAGUACUCAGGCCAUCCCGGGGCUCCACAAUGCAGUCAGUGAGCAGGGUUCAGCCAGUGACUCAGACUCCGACAGCGGAAUCACUCACGGCCACAUGGGCUACGUCUUCUCCAAGAUGUACAAUCCUUCUGAUGAUACAUACGGGUGUCUGUCCGGGAACAUUCCCUCUCUGGAGCUCAUGGCCCUGUAUGUGGCUGCGGCGAUGCACGACUACGAUCAUCCGGGGAGAACCAACGCAUUUCUAGUUGCCACUAACGCACCCCAGGCAGUCCUGUACAAUGACCGCUCUGUUCUGGAGAACCAUCACGCAGCUGCUGCCUGGAAUCUGUUCCUGUCGAGGCCUGAGUACAAUUUCUUAGUAAAUCUGGACCACAUGGAAUUCAAGCGGUUUCGCUUUCUAGUGAUUGAAGCCAUCUUGGCCACAGACCUGAAAAAGCACUUUGAUUUUCUGGCAGAAUUCAAUGCCAAAGUGAAUGAGGAGGUGGGUCCAGGAAUUGACUGGUCCAAUGAGAAUGACCGUCUGCUGGUUUGCCAGAUGUGCAUUAAGUUAGCCGAUAUCAAUGGGCCGGCCAAGUGCAAAGAUCUGCAUCUCAAGUGGACAGAAGGAAUCGUCAAUGAGUUUUAUGAACAGGGCGACGAGGAAUCCAGCCUUGGGCUUCCCAUAAGCCCCUUUAUGGAUCGCUCAGCCCCCCAACUUGCCAAACUACAGGAAUCUUUCAUAACUCACAUAGUGGGACCCCUGUGCCAUUCCUACGACUCAGCCGGACUGAUUCCCGGGAAAUGGCUGGACGAGAGCGACGAUUCUGAAGACACAGAUGAUCAGGAAGAUGAAGACACCACCGAGGAAGAGUCGUCUGAACCCUCAGAGUCUUUAGCAAGUAUGUCAUCUCAGAUCUUCUGUUGUUUGAAAGAUGCCUUAUGGGGGAGUAAUUCAGGGAAGGAAAAGAAGAAGUGCAAGCAGAAAAUUUACUGCCACAUCACUCACCAUUUAAUGGAAAACCAUAAAAUGUGGAAAAAAGUAAUUGAGGAAGAGCAACGGGAGGACGCGCUGAAGAACGAGCCGUCCAAUUUGCCCAAAAGUUCAGAACAAAUCCAGGCCAUCAGGGAGGAGGAAGAGGAGAAGGGGAACCCUAAAAGGGAGAAUUCAGAUGAUGAAUGAAGAGGAUCAUGACUUGGUCAGGUUGAUACAUAGAAGCCAGCACAAUAUUUAGACACAACACUGUAGAACCAUGGGAGCAACUCGACAUGUUCCACUUCCUCCAUGAACUGAGACUUUGCUGCUCAGAGACAUUGGCACCUAAGCCUGGUUUCUUCAUCAUCACCGUCGUCAUCAUCAUCAUCAUGGAAGCCAGUAUUACAGCAGCACAAAAAUAUAUAGAGAGAUUUUAAACACGGAUAUAAAUAUAUAUAUAUGUAUAAUGGUCACUGUGAUACUGUGAUACAAAAUUACCAUGGUUUUGCCAGGUACCGAAUGAAACGGGGGGCGCUUGGAAUUCUGUGGGACACGGGUUGGAAAAGCUUUAUCAGAAUUUCAUGUAUCCUGCCGACACUUCUGUUUGUGUUUAAUAUAUUCCGGACUUUUUGGUACUGAGCGGACCCCUCCAGAGCCCUUGAACUCGCAGCACGUUGCACGUGAACAAACCGCACGCGCAGGAGGAGGAGUUUCUUCUUCACGUUUCUGCCGUGAGCCAAACGUCUAUUUAAGAGCUGCCAUUCACUUUCCAUAUUUUAUUUCACAGUCGUGUGUUUCGCUGUAUAUAGAGGAGAGAUUUUUAUUGGUUCCUGUAGAUAGGAGACUCUUUUGUAAGAAAACACCCAACUUUUUUUGUAUAGAUAUUUUUUUGGAAUCACCAGUUUUCUACGAGCGUGCAGUCAUGCAAAGAGUGAGGGGGAACGAAAUGUGUGGGAAGCCGAGUUCCCACCCAAAAAGCCAUGGAGAAAAGACGCCAAACGUCCCAGGGAUUUAUUUCUGUUUGUGUCAAGAACUUUCUCCUGUUGUUGAAAUUGAACCUUCAUGGGGGUAUUGAUGCAACGGCGCUGAAAUUGUGGGGUCCUUCUUCUGGAAGGGAAGCUGUGCGCCAGGGAUACAAUGUAUCAGGAGUGACAAUCAUCUGUAUCAUGUGAUUAUUAGGGACCAGUAACAUCUCCGGGAUCAAUCUUGUCUUCCUGUUGUUAUGCUACACUGUAGAACACCAUUGUUACCUUAAGACAAUAGGCAAUUCAGUGGACUGAGCGAUGGGAGUGAGCAGGUUUGUUGGGUAUUCGAUGGGUGCCACUAUGACCCCAUCAGUGGAAAAGAAACAUCAUGAUGAAGAGACACGGCACUUGGUCACGUAAUUUCACCUUCGGGGUAGAGAAAGCAAUGGGUAUCUCCUAACUUAGAUAAAACCAAAACAGAAAAGAAAUUGCUUGGGAGGGAGUGACUUGAUGGUAUCAUCAUCAUCAUCAUUGAGGUUGUCCCUCAAGGGUUUUGGUCUGUGACCCAUUAUUGGUUCAGUAGCUGCCAGGAUCACACAUCUGCAAAGUAUAAGUUGGGGGUUAUUCUGCUGCCCAAAUAAAGUGCCAAGAGUGAGAGUGGUUUCCCUCCAGCCCAAAUGUGCCCUGAUUAUGAGCCCACCCUAAGGCUCCCACAUGGGUCUGUGGAGCUCGAGACCUCCAAGUCCUUGUGUCCAACUCUUGAGCACAAGUUGUCUAUUGUUUUUUUUCAUGAUUUCUACCUGGAAAGAUACGGGUCCAAAGCUCCUCCAUGUUUGGUGCAACUUUCUCCUGCUACAAGUUAUUCCUCCAGUGCUCCUCCCCCACUUGCGCUUAUUACCCACCAACCCUUGCACAACCUUCCCCUCGUAGCAUUGCAGACGUGCCGCUGGUUUGCACCCAUUGCACAUAAUUUUAUCACGUUCAGCGCAAACCCCCCAAAUUCUAGCUAUUCUAUAAUAAUCACAAUGGAGCAACUGCAGACACUGUCACUUUAAGAACAUACAGUGCCAUAAAGUGAAGUCACCGGGAUAUGAGAGUCAUUGUCCAUCCAGAACCAAAAAUGUGUUGCCCCUCCAAUCAGUGAUGUUGCCCCACUUAUCCCCAGUAUUGGUCGGUAAAUAAGUGCUCCGCCUCUUUCCCAUUAUUGACAUCAUUUCCCGCUAUGAGCAGAUAAACCCCCUAUAUAAACAUAUGUGGGACCCUAUUGGGUUUAUAUUGAGAUAUUGACAGAACCAGUCGUGGGGGCAGGGGGAAUUGUAAAGACAAAUCCCGUAUGAUCAGCACGGGAAUAUCAACGAUGACAUCACAGGGUGGGAUUCACUGAUUGGUGGGAUGUUGUCGAUAUGUUGGUUGGUUUCUCCUAUAAAAUAAUUGACCCCCACCACUAGCAGAUUCCAUGCCCCCCCUGGCGCUGAUCCACUGGGUCCUGUGCUCUCUCAACUCACUCUGUCUCCUGAUGUAACAAAAAAUAAAGAGAAGUGCAAUAAUUUGGACAUUU